AUGCGGCCAAAACCUUUCCUUAUCACGGAGUCAUGUCGCUCUUUCGCGCUCGCGAAGCUCAUAGCAGCGCUCGCCGCGCUGCUCGCCCCGUCAGCCACCGCGUUGAAACUCGGCCCGUACGUCCCGCCGUCGGACCCUACGACCACUCGAGGCCCGUGCCCAGGCUUCAACACGAUGGCGAACCACGGCGUCUUUCCGCGCGACGGCUCCGCCAUUCCGCGCGACCGCAUCGUCGCCGCCUUUAGCAAGUUCUACUCCUUCUCCCCGACCAUGUCGAACGCCAUUCUCGAUUCCGCCUUCGCGAAAGGCGUGGGGGACCCCGCGGCGCAGACAAUUAACCUCGUGCAGCUCCGCGCGCACAACAAGAUCGAGCACGACGUGUCGCUCGUCCGCGAUGAUUCCUACCUCGGUAACAACUACCUCGUUAACGUAACGCUCUUCAACGAAAUGCUCGGCUUCUCCGCGACGAAGAAAUUCAUCACUCUCGGCGAGAUUGGCCGCUUCCGCAAGCACCGCUUUGCCUUUUGCAAGAAGAACAAUCCCGAGAUCAGUUUCGACUCGAAUCGCCAAGAUGUGGCGCUCUCCGAAGCGGCGGCGCUGGCAGGGGUGUUCGGCGGGAGGGUCCGCGCUUACGCUAUUCCGAUUAACUACCUCAAGUCGUUUCUCCGUGACGAACGCUAUCCCAACGGCUUCAAGCCGCCGGUUGUUCCGCUGACCUUCCCUGAGCUGCUCGCCGUGUCAGCGCAUAUCAAGCUCGCCGCGUCCUUGGCUUAG